AUGUUUGUUUUAAUAGACUUUUGUCUUCUGCAGGACCUCAAGUACUGUAGUGUUGUGCUGGACCGGCUCACAGACGACAAGGCUGCAAAAAAAGAGCUCGAGGAGAGAGAAGACAUGAACCGCAAAGGUGGGAAACCUGUGUCUCGAAUCCCUACUUUUCAUAGCCGACGUUCCGGGGCAAGCCAGAACAUCCAAACUCCCCGAUGUCAGAGAAAAAGACUUCCUCAGCCGUCGCUCCGCACCCCCAAAAUCGGCUUUGAAGCCUCCUCUUUGUUCAGUGGCACAGAUCAACCCGCUGCAACGGCCCCCACCUCCCUGAUUACUACACCCAAGACCUGGAGUUUACCUGAAUCCGUGCAGCUGCCUCCUAUGACUGUAAGCCCCCGGCCCGCCAUCAGACAUGAGCACGGGGAGCAGCAACAUCUGCCAGAGCAAGACGAGAGCAAAAACUCGGUAAUAGAAGCCGACAUCGUGGUUGACGCCCCCGUAAGUCACCUCCCACUUGAGGACUUAAUCAUCCAGAAGUCACAGGAAGCUGACGUCGAGGUGAAAAGCAAGAUGACCCUCGCCGCCUCUGGAGACACGGCGGAGUCCCAGCCUUCAGAGGUCACUCACAUAGCCGGGGUCGGCCGGGUGGAGGCGAUCAAAGAUGAAGAACCGCCGUGGGAAAAGGAACCGGCGAGCGCUCUCGAGUUUAAGGACAGUAGGUCCUCAUCGGAAGUCGAAUGUGAGGACGAUUUGACGGUUGAAAGGUCAAAGGGCAACGGUUCAGGGAAGGUGAAGGAACAUUACGAGCCAUACGUAUGCCAGUCUGAGCUCCGAGAUGCUGCAGAGAAACAAGCCAACAUGAAAGAAUCAGCUUUUCCUAAAGAGGAGCCUGUUAAAGCUAAAUCCACCAAAUCAACAAAGAGUUCAGGAUGCUCCAGUUUUUCCCUCUUCUGCUUCCUCCCCACCAUCUUGCUGCUUCUGGGGGGGUUCGGUCAGCAUGUUUGGCACUACGGGCUGCCUUUGUCUGUGGUCCAGCUCACUGCUCAGCUGGAGCUGCACUGGCUGGAGGGCUUCGGCUUAGCACAGGAGACUUGUAGCAUCGAUUGUCGAGUGCAUCUGGUGGAGAGCAUCCCAGAGGGCCUGUACCCAUCUACACCCUCAACCCGACGGAGCAUCGCAGACAGCUGGGUCCGUCUGCUCGACAAGGCCAGCAGCUCGGUCGACAUUGCCGCUUUCUACUUGACACUGCGGGCCAGCGAUUUGGAGAAUGCAGAUUCCACAGACACUCAGGGAAGAAAGGUCUUUAGGAAACUGAAGCAACUUGAAUCCAAAGGUGUGAAACUGCAGGUCGCCGUUAACGCCCCCCAAACCUCGACUAAAGACACAGCUGAACUGACUGCAGCAGGUGCAGAGGUCAGAGAGGUGGACCUGAUGGCUGUGACUGGAGGCAUUGUCCACACCAAGCUGUGGGUGGUUGAUCAAAAGCACCUCUACUUAGGUAGCGCUAACAUGGACUGGCGCUCUUUGAGUCAGGUGAAGGAGGUCGGCCUGUCAGUGGAGGACUGCAGCUGUCUGGCUCAGGACGCCUUUCGGAUCUUCGGGGUUUACUGGAGCAUCAGCGGCUCGAACAGUUCCCUGCCUCCGUACUGGCCCGCUCGCCUCUCUGCUCUAACCAGCGCCCAGAAUCCUCUGCAUCUGAAGUUCAACGGAGUGCCGGCCCAAGUCUACUUGUCUAGCUCCCCUCCACAGAUCUCAGCACGAGGACGCUCAGACGACCUCACCACCAUCCUGUCAGUCAUCGACGAUGCUCAGAAGUUCAUUUACAUCUCUGUCAUGGACUACCUUCCUCUGUCUGAGUUCACUAAACCACUCAGGUUCUGGCCUGCCAUCGACUCGGCCCUGCGUGGCGCUGCCUGCACCAGAGGAGUGCAGGUCAGACUGCUAGUCAGCUGCUGGGAACACUCCCCUGGCUCCAUGUUCACCUUCCUGCAGUCUCUGAUGGUGCUCAACAGGCAUCCACUGAAAUGUGACAUUGAAGUGAAAAUCUUUACAGUGCCUUCAACACCAGAGCAGAAGAAGAUCCCCUAUGCACGAGUCAAUCAUGCCAAGUACAUGGUUACAGACAGAGCACUCUACAUCGGGACGUCCAACUGGUCGGAGAACUACUUCACACAGACUGCUGGAGUGGGUUUGGUGGUGAAUCAGACAGGCUCUGUGGUCGGACAAGGCCAGCAGACUGUGCAGAGCCAAGCAGAGGAGCUCUUCCUCAGAGACUGGAGGUCCAGUUACUCCAGAAACGUCCCCCUCGACGAUGUGGAUGUCUGCCCUCGUGGCUCACACUGAUGGUUUGCUGUUUAAUAAAGCUUUAGUAUUGCAGAACAGCAUCUCGCUUGCUCUCGCCAUUGAACUUAUUUUACUUAUGCAAAAUCAGCUUGCUGUACUGCGUGAAACAACGCAUCUAAUUUUAUUGCGGUUUCUCGACUGCGGCUGCAAAUCUUCUGUAUAUAAUUGCGUUUUUAUAUUUCGUUUCAAAACAUGCUUUUUUUUUUUAUACUCUGUAUUGUUCAACUUUCUUACACAAGGGUUGAAGCGCAAGUGAAAUCGCAUUGUACAAUUUAUUUUUAUGCCUGGAGCAUUUUGUAUAUUUUCCUUUAAAAAAAAAUGUUGGUGUCAAGCUUUAAAAAAAAUCUCAUGCAGGAAAUUCAACAUUUCCAAAGAGGUGUUUACACCACGGCCAUGUUUACACUGCUGAAGCCUUCAGCUCUUAAUGUUCAUGUGUAAUAAAAGCACUCAAUGUAACGUCAGCCCAUCACUACUGCUAGAUUCUUGUAAAUACUUUCAAUUUUAUGUUCGUAAUUGAUGGCUGACUAAUGAAUCAAAUUUGAGUGUACCACUAUGGAAGAAAAAAAACUCAUUGUGUCCUCAGUUGAUGGUGAGUGUGCUUUAUUUUGCUGAUUGAUUAUUGUUGUACUGUUCUCAUAAUUACUGAUUGUGCCUGCGGUGUCGCCUCAAUCAUUCCAUUACCAGAGUUAUCUGUUGUAUGCUUGACAUCAGACAUCAGUGGAUGUUUCUGUUCAAACUGUUGGGACUGUUGGACAAAGGGACCUAUCGGCUCUGAAUGAAACUGAAGGUUUUCAGUUGAUCCCUCACAAACAGAGCUGUUUACUGAACUGAUAAUGUAUGUUUCACCAUGAAUAAAGUCUGCUCCUUUGUUGAUGAUG